AUGAGAUUCGGAUUGAUUGCUUCCCUCGCCCUGGCUGGCACCUCUGCCGCCUCGGCCGUCAUCGACCUCAUCCCCAAGAACUUCGACGACAUUGUCCUCAAGUCCGGAAAGCCUACUCUGGUCGAGUUCUUCGCCCCCUGGUGUGGUCACUGCAAGACUCUGGCUCCCGUCUACGAGGAGCUGGCCUCCGCAUUCGAAUUCGCAAAGGACAAGGUCACCAUCGCAAAGGUCGAUGCCGAUGCCAACAAGGAGCUUGGUCGUAGAUUCGGUGUUCAGGGCUUCCCUACCCUCAAAUGGUUCGACGGCAAGAGCGACACUCCCACCGACUACAACAGCGGCAGAGACCUCGACAGUCUGUCCGCCUUUGUCUCCGAGAAGACUGGUCUCAAGCAGAAGAAGAAGGCCGUCGCUCCCAGCAACGUCGAGAUGUUGAACGACCAGACCUUCAAGACCGAGAUUGGUGGUGACAAGGAUGUCAUUGUUGCCUUUACCGCUCCUUGGUGCGGACACUGCAAGACCCUUGCCCCUAUCUGGGAGAAGCUCGCCAACACCUACGCCAACGAACCCAACGUCCUCAUCGCAAAGGUCGAUGCUGAAGCCGAGAACGCUAAGGCCACUGCUCAGAAGCAGGGCAUCAAGGGUUACCCUACCAUCAAAUUCUUCCCCAAGGGUUCCAAGGAGCCUAUCGCCUACGAAGGCGGUCGUUCCGAGGAUGCUCUUGUCAAGUACCUGAACGAGAAGGCCGGUACCCACCGUACUGUUGGUGGUGGCCUUGACGUCGCUGCUGGCACCAUCGCCGCUCUCGACAGCUUUGUUUCCCAGUACACCAGCGGUGGUGCUCUCGAGACCAUCCAGAAGGAGAUCUUGGCCGCUUCCGAGACCAUCAAGGACACCUACGCUCAGUACUACGUCAAGGUCUUCAACAAGCUUGCUGAGAACCCUGGUUACGUCGAGAAGGAGUCCAAGAGACUCAACAACCUGCUCAAGAAGGGCGGCCUUGCACCUGAGAAGGUUGAUGACCUGACCAAGCGCAGCAACAUCCUCAGCAAGUUUGUUGCCAAGGUUCAGAGCAUCAAGGAGGAGCUUUAA